GCGAGAGUUUGACGUUUGCGGAAGUUUACAUUCCGCGUUGAAAAAACGUGUCGCCCAUGGGCAGUGCAAAAGAAGCCGGUCACCGGGUAUUUUAGCUCGCUUAGCUCCUGCCAGCUAGCUUCACAAUGAAUUCCGUUUUAGUCAACGCGGUCUUGUCCAGCUCCCCUGACUUCCACCUUUUGUUCGAGUCUCUGACCUGGCCGAGUGACUCGUGGCCGGGGACCGAGCGAGUGGAGGCGCUGACAGCUUUCAUGGAAGGACUGGGACCAAUUCUGGCAGAGUCGGACACUACUCGCUGUUCAGCAGCGAAAAGGAGAUCUAUAAUUGCUCAAGUGGACUCGGUGGUGUGGACCCGCUGUCUACCUCUUCUCUCCAAGAUAUCGGCGGAAGCCGGCGAAGGCACGCGGCGCAGGGAGAGCACCGCCGCCGCCUGCAGACUGCUGGGUGUCUGCGUCCCGCUGUGUGACCGGGCGGCGCCGGGGCGAGUAGCUCUCUCGGUCCUGCCGUCGCUCCAGCAGGCGGAGGCGGAGGCGGAGGAGGAGGAGGAGGAGGAGGAAGGCGUGCCCGGUCCGUGGCGACUCAGUGCGGAGGUGGCCAGCGAAGCCAUGGCCGCCCUCGUCCCUUCUCUGGCGGCGGACGAACAGCUGACGCUCAUCACCUUGUCGUCCGCCUUGUCCUGCAUCAAAACGCUGCCCGAUGCGAUGGUGUCCAGGAUCAUAGUCCGGCUUCUCUUGACUGUGCUCGACUGCUGCGGCGGCGCGAUCUUAACCCGCGUCCUCAAGCUGGUCCUGGAGGACAUGUGCAGCUGGCACCGCGCUGACCGCACACACGUGGUCGCGGAGCGGACACUGCUCUGUUUGACCGCCCUGUCGGAGCACCUGCUGAAGCCCCACAGCCUCCCCUCCUCUUCCUUCUUCUCCUCCUCCUCCCCCCGCCGCGAGGUCGACCCUCGUCUGUCCGUCCAGUUCUGGAGGAUGAUUCAGGACGGACUGACGCACAGGGACAGCGUGUCACGAAAGAGGGCGUUGUACCUGCUCAAGAUGUGCGUGGCCCUGUCAGAGGAGGAGGGGCUGGACUGCCCCCUCUCUCCAUCGGAGGAAGCAGCAGAUGACAUCUUGUUCAAAUGGGAACCGAGCAGGAGUAAGCUGCUGAGAGAGUUCUGGGAGGACUACGCACUGGUGAUGGAGACCCUGGAGGAGAACCAGAUCCACGUGGUCCGGCCAGUUCUUAACAGAAUAGACACGUUGAUCCAAACAACAGUAAAUGAGGGCCAAGCUGUGGGUCAAGUCUUCUUCCACCCAUCCUGGCUGCUGUGUGUGUACCAGCGGAUGUUCCACAGCGAGAAUAAAUCCCUGAUGAGGGAGGGAGUGUGUCAUCUGCUCGAGCUGCAGGUCCUCCGGCAGCCAGCCUUCGCGUUGGCCUUUUCUCAGUUCAUCGCUGGCCCUUUUAUGGAUGUUCUGUCCGAAACUUCGCUCUUUCACAAGUCAGUUGGGCAGAGCGUAGGAGAUUGUCCUGAGCUUGGGGCUAAACUGCAGGUCUUCAUGAUCACGUUCUUCACCAGUUUACCGUCUGCGCAUAGAGGCCGAAUACUGCUGCAGAUGAUUCGGCAGCUGUGCUCUAAGCACUGGUGUGCGGCACCGCUGCUCUUCCUCUCACAAGCUCUCUCCAAGCUGCCUCCAGGUCCGCUGCUGGGGGUCGAGGGGCUCGCCGCCCUCAGGGAGGUGCUGUGCUGCACUGUGAUCACUCAUCAGGUCCUGCUGCGAGGGGCCACCCAGUGCUUCUUGCUGAACAGCGCCCUCUGUCUCAUAGACGUGAGCGCAGUGACCCUCGACGAUGUUUUUAGUUUCCUGGUGCAUUUUCGUCCAGACGAGUCACUUUCUAGAGGGACGCAGAUUUGGAAUCAGUUGUGUUCCUGGCUGUUGGACAAUGAGGGCAGUUUCAAGCCCAGGAUUACGGAUGGAGAUUCCACUGGUGAUGCCCCGCAGAAAGAAACCGUAAGAGGCUACGUCCAAAGCGAGAUGCACUCUUAUCUCCGAGUCCCGGCUAGCGCGGGUCACACCGAGAGGGUACCGGACUCCAGGGAGGCCGAUAAGUUGACCCGGGCCAUGCUCCUGUGUGUGGACAUGGAGCGGAAUCAACCCGGAGACAAGAUCGGUACCACUUUGGAGGCACUGCUGUCUCCGCUGCUGGACACCUUGAGCAGAGUCAGCACCAAUAUCUACCUGCCACUGCGUAAGAGCGACAAGAGCCUGCAGCUCCUGCUGCGCCUGUUCCAGCUCGGAGGCGCACCAAGCUGUGAGCGUGUUGGGGAGGAGCGAGUGGAUGAUGUGAUGGUUGCCAUGGAGAGGCUAAUCUAUAAACUUGCCGAUCCAAUCCAUGAGUUCAUUUUGAGGCGGCUCCUCGGAGAGAUGCAAGAGCCCUUCGAUGUGGAGCGGGCCGAACUGUAUCUGUGUGUGCUGAGACAGAUGGUGGUCCUGUACAAAUCCACACCACAGCACCACAGUAAAACCCAGCAGACCUAUUUCCCUAAACUCAUCAAGUGCAGCCUCAAGGUGCUGCAGGAACCAAACCAGCAGAUCCCCUCCGUGGCAAACCAGGUGGCUAGGGCGGUUGCUAUGGCGUCCCUGGCUACCGUAUGUGGUCUCGUGGAGCAAGAAGUGAUUGGCAUGCAAUCGGAGACCCUUUCUGCUUUGAAGUCACUGAAUGACUACUUCUACACUCUGGUGUCGUCUUCCUGCCAAAGUUUGGGGAACUUGAAUAAACGACUGCAAAAACCAAAAAUAGGAGACGAUUUGGGUGAUGCAGGAGUGCAGGGGGGCCUGCUACAGGACUGGGGACGCGUAGCCGCCAAUUUUCUGCGGGACCAGUGGAUUUGUCUGAGCUUCCUGAUAAAAGCUUUCGGGGUUCCUGAGUCUGUAGUGAUUUCCAACCACUGGGCUACUCUUAAGGCCGCUGUGAGCUGCGGUGUGGAGGCCUUGGCUCUGCUGCCCAGUGGCCUGGUGCUGCCCGUGCUCACCUUUAUGGAGACAGUGCUGCCACAAUUGCUGCUUCACGAGGAGGCCUUGUGUGUGGAGGCCGUGACUCUGACCUGGGAGCUGGUGCAGGGGCUGAGCACCAACGCCCUGGACUUCUGGCCGGCCCUCAAAGGCUUCGUCUCCAUGGCCUUCCACCGGAAACUGCUGCAGCUGACGGACACGUCCGCGCCGACACUUCUGGCCGCCUUGAAACAGAUUGCCACUGAGUUGAUGGAGCUGUCUCAGUCGAAGAGCGGCGUGCUCGGUGUGCUGCUUCAACACUGCUGUCAGACGUGGCUGCCCACGGACGGCGGCAGCAACGCCGCUGUGUUUUCUACCGUUUUCAGCCACAUCAACGUACUCACUGAGGCGUGUGUUUUCGGACCAGUGUUCAGGAGAGAUCAACGGCUUAUCCAGGAUGUCCAAACAUAUGUGGAGCGACUUGGUGAAGAGUGUGCUGCCAAUGUUGCAGUGACAAGUGAUAACAGGGAUGACCAGUUGCCCCGCACAUGUGUGCUAGCUUUCCUCAGCCGCUUGGAUUCCUCUGAUCUGCAGCAUGAAAGACUGAUGGAGGAACUAGUGAUGGAUUUGUUAAAAAAGGAUAAUAACAUAUCAAAGUCAAAAGUGCGUUACUAUAGCAACUCCCUGCAACAUCGUGUCAAAAACAGAGUGUGGCAAUCGCUGCUGCUGCUGCUGCCCAAACUCCGAGAGGAGUUUGUCGCCACUGUGCUGAACUGUGUGUUUGAAGCUGCAUUCUGCAGCAACCAUGCCUCAGUCAAAUACCUGAUUGAAUGGAUGAUGAUUCUGAUCCUCGUCCGCUAUCCACAUCACAUUGACAGCUUCUGGGCCUGUUUCACCCGGGAUCAUGACAAGACCAAGACGAGCAUCUGCACCUUCUUGUCAGUCCUGGUACAUUUCAAUGUCAUCAUUCCUAAUCUCAAGGACAAGGCUGUGCAUUUGCGUAAAGCACUGGACAUCAUCCUGCAGUGGUGUUUCAACCACAACUUCAGCGUGCGUCUGUAUGCCUUGCUGGCCCUGAAGAGGGUCUGGAGCUUGGCUGGGACCCAGGCAGAGGAAGGAGCCGACGGGUUGAGAGGAAUGUCCACUGUGAUCAAGGCCUGCCUGAACCAGGCCGAGGCCAUGCAGAGCACCGGAAACGCCAACAAGAACUGGACAAGGAUUCAGGACCACUUCUUCUUUGGGGCCUUCGAUCCUAUCAGUGAUUACAGUGUGGAGACCAUAUUCUAUACCUUCCCCAGUCUGUCAGAGAUGACUGAUGAUGAGUGGAUUCCACCGUGGAAGUUUGAGAAACUGUUGUGUUUCUCUGAAAGUGCAUCUUUUCCUCUGAGAAACCCGGCUCCUGACCUGAGCCAGCUGCAGCCUGGAGACUGGAUCCAGCAAGACAAAGGCGAGCAGAAUAAGGAGGAACGCUGGGCCGAGGUGCAGAAGAAGAUCACGCCCUGGAGGUUAGGGAUUCAGGAGCAGGAGCCCGAACUUCAGCUGGUCCCACAACAGCGGGCUGCUCGACUGGGCAAACUGCACGGCGCCCUGCUGGUGGUAGCCUCGCUUAUCGACAAGCCCACUAAUCUAGGAGGUCUGUGCAGGACCUGUGAGAUCUUCGGUGCCAGCACUCUGGUUCUGGACAGCCUCCGCCAUGUCAGUGACAAACACUUUCAGUCCCUGAGCGUCUCAUCUGAGCUGUGGCUUCCUCUGUUAGAGGUGAAGCCAAUGGAGCUCACUGACUUCCUGCAGCUAAAGAAGAGUGAAGGCUACUGCAUUGUUGGAGUGGAGCAGACGGCCAACAGUCAGAGCCUCCAGGACUACCGGUUCCCUGAGAAGACCCUGUUGCUUUUGGGCAAUGAACGUGAAGGUAUUCCUGCCAAUUUACUUCAAAUGUUUGACGUGUGUGUGGAGAUCCCUCAACAAGGAGUCACCCGCUCACUCAACGUGCACGUGAGCGCUGCCCUGCUGAUUUGGGAAUACACGCGGCAACACCUCACCUCCGCCUCAGCUGAAGUUGACUCAAAACCUAAAAACUGAAGAGGAAACCUGCCAGAUGUUCACCUUACUUGCUCCUCUGGUAG